AUGGCACCGUCACUCAGCAAGGUCCUGCCCGACGACGUCGGGAAUGGGACCGUACCAAUCCACAACAUCGCAGCUCUAGCUGUGGGGGCGGGCGCUCUUUUCGUCCUCUGGCGCAUUGCCGUCGUCGUCUACCGCCUGACCCUCCACCCCCUGGCCAAAUACCCUGGACCCAAGCUCUACGCAGCAACAAACCUGCCGCACGAAUGGGGUAUCAACGUGGCCGGAACCUUCGUGCGUGAGAGCCGAGACCUGCACCAGAAAUAUGGGCCCAUCGUGCGUAUCGCACCGGACCACCUCGCCGUCGACGGUUCCAUCGGCUGGCCACAGAUCUUCCAGCACCGCCCGGGAAAGGCCGAGUGGCCCAAGCAGCCCGGAUUCUACUUCGCGGGCGACACGAAAAGCCUGGUCGGCGGCGACCACGAGAACCACAAGCGGCUGCGGCGCCAGCUCAACCACGCCUUCAGCACCGACAGCAUGUACGAGCAGGAGCCCGUGGUGCAGAAGUACAUCGACCUCCUGCUGUCCCAGUUCGCCAAGAAGGCCGCGGUGGGCGAGGCCUUCGACAUCGUCCCCUGGUUCAACUUCCUCACCUUCGACAUCAUCGGCGAACUCACCUUCGCCGACAGCUUCCACAACCUCGACGGCGGCGAGUACCACCCCUGGGUGCUGGGCAUCUUCAAGGCCUUGCUGGGCGCCGGGCUGCUGCGCAUCACCAACGCCUACCCCCUCAUGCGGCCCUUCUUCAAGUACUUUGGCACCUCGGCCAAGAACCUGCAGAUGGAGUCGGACAACCGCCGCCUCGCCAACGAGAAAGCCAUGUCCCGCAAGGCGCUGGGCGAGAGCCCCGGCGGCCGCAGGGACUUCAUCACCUACAUGCUCCAGAAGACGCGCGACGGGCAGCCCGGGUUUGAUGACCUCGACAUCCUCUUGAACGCGCCCUUUAUCGUGACGGCCGGCAGCGAGACGAACGCCACCACCAUGGCGGGCUUUGCCUUCCACGUCGGGCUGAAGAAGUACCGCAACGUGUACGACACGGUGACCGAUGAGGUCCGCAGCGCCUUCAAGAGCGAGUCCGAGAUCGACAUGAAGUCCACCACCCGCCUUCCGUACCUCAUGGCUUGCAUCGAGGAGACGCUCAGGAUGUACCCUCCUGCUGCCCAGACGCCCCCCCGUAUCAGCCCUGGUGCCGAGCUCGAGGGGGAGCAUAUUCCCAAGGGAACCCUCACCACAAUCUUCCAGUACGCAACCAACCGCAACCCCAACAACUUCCACGACCCAGACACCAUGCGCCCGGAGCGGUGGCUCCCAACGACGCACAAGCUAUACAACCCGGCCUUUGCCAACGACAACAAGGCGGCAUUCCACCCCUUCAGCUUCGGCAUCAGGGACUGCCUGGGCAAGAACCUGGCCUACUCGGAGCUGCGCGUCGCCAUCGCGCGGUUCCUCUUCCGCUUCGACUAUGAGCUUCUUCCGGGCCAGGAGGACUGGGUCGACAAGAGCAAGGUCAUCAUCGUCUGGGAGAAGGGCCCGCUCAAGGUGAAGCUGACGGAGAGGAAGUCGGCCCCGGUCGAGGAGUGA